GCUCAGGUGUGUUUUGUUGUUCAGGAUUUGUAUCUUCGUGGGUUCACUGUCUGGUUGGCGAGACGAUGCCUGUGACGUCAGAGCAGGUGGAGGAGUGGGCUGAUGAGAUCUGGGAGGGCUUGGGCAAGGACCCGAGCUGGUCCAUCGCGGAGGUGAGGUGCAAGGAGGAAGGUUGCCCGCCAGUGGAAACCGUCAUCACGGACUUGAACACGAAGAAGCCAGUGCCGGGCAGAGGCGUGUACAAGAUUUUCAAGGCCAUCGCCGAGGUUACGCAGGAGGACGUGAAGCAGGUAUUAACGACUCAGGAAGCUGCUGGCGGUCACGGGCACGGCGGUGGCCAUGGCGGUGGUCACGCUGAUAGCGGCCACGCUGCGCACAGCGGCGACUGCUGCAAAGAGGGCCACGGGGGCCACGAGGGUCACAAAGGCCACGAUGGUCACGGCGGAGGCCACGGCGAUGGAGGCCACGCUGCGCACAGCGGCGACUGCUGUGAGGGCGGGCAUGGGGGCCACGAGGGUCAUGCGGAUGCCGGUCACGGUGGUCAUGGAGGCCACUCGUGAGCACCCUGCCAGGGGCAGUAUUGAUUAGGCGGUGAAUUGUGCAUCCUGCGAUGAUGAGCUCUUUUAUGCUGGUCAGCUUGCGCUGUCGCGCACAUCCGCCACCGCACUUGGUGAAGAGAGUUUCGUCAUCGUCGUCGUCGUCGUCGUCGUUGCGCGGUGUCGUCGAGUCGUCGUGGCCUCCCCUUGCUCCCCUGCCCCGGCCUCCCUGGCCUCCUUGGCAGCCCUGGCCUCUGGCCUCCCUGGCCUCCCCUGCAGCCUCCGUGCUCUUCCUCCCCUCUCCCCCCCCAGGGCGGCGGCUUUGCUGUGCCCUCUUGCGCAGCUGUGCUCGCGAGGUCGGCGCCCGUUUGCUUUCGGGGCGGUGGUCGUGGUGUUGGGCUGCGCGUUUCCCGCGUCGCGUUCUGGGCCGCAGAGGCGCUUUUUUCCAGGGUGGCGACGCACUGCCGAUGGUGGUGGCGGAUGUAUGCCCUUGGCCUUUCCUGCCAAUUACAGCCGUACCAGUGGCUCAUGCGUUGAGAAAAAGCGAGCAGUAGGUUUCGCACGGGCGGUCUGUUGCUGCUCUGCCAGAGGCAAGGCUGCAGGUCUUCGCUGUUUCACAGGAGGGGUGAAGCGAGCAGCCCGCCACCACGGGCGCACCGACCCGACC